ACAGCCGGACCGUGUCACACCGGCGCACACAAAAGUGACCUCGUGCCGGGUCUCCGUCCAGCUCGCGGAUCGCCCGCGCGCCCUUCUGGAGCUACUGAAGCGCUCGCGGCAGACGGCGCUGCUUUCUGGACUUGUAGCGGAGACUGGAAGAGUUUCCAACAUCUGUAACCUCUGAAACAAAGACGCGUCCUGGCGCAGAGACGGAGAGCGAGCUCGAGCGGAAAGUCUCUGUGAUGGAGUGAGAGCUUUACAUGCCCUACAGUGCCACUGAAGUCGUUCGGCUGCAAGACUCUUAUGAAGUCCACUUGGGUCGUGGACAGUAAGAAGGACCAUGGAUAACUUUUUCACAGAGGGCUGUCGUGUGUGGCUGUGGGAAGGGGAUCAGUGCUGGCCCAGUACAGUAGACUCCUGCUCAGGUGGUGUGGUGGUCUUCCGCACAGACUAUGGACAGGUGUACACAUACAAGCAGAAUGCUCUCAGCCGACAGAGAGUGUACACGAUGCACAGUAGUAGUGUGUGUGGAGUGGAGGACAUGGCAGCCCUGCAGGACCUGCAUGAGGGAGCUAUUCUACACAACCUGCAUCUGAGAUACACACAGCACUGUAUUUAUACAUAUAUUGGGUCUAUAUUGGCAGCAGUGAACCCAUAUCAGCACUUGCCAGAGCUAUAUAGUGUUUCAGCAGUGGAGCAUUACAGUCGGCAUCACUUGGGUGAAAUUGCUCCUCACAUCUACGCCAUCGCCAACGAGUGCUACCGGUCACUGUGGAAGCGCAGCAACAAUCAGUGUGUGCUUAUAAGUGGGGAGAGUGGUGCAGGUAAGACGGAGAGCACGAAGGUGAUUCUUCGUUUUUUAUCAGUGAUGAGCCAGCAGAGUCUAGAAGUUUCUGCCAGACACACAUCAUCACACGUGGAGGAGGCCCUAUUGGAGAGCAGUCCUAUAAUGGAGGCAUUUGGGAACGCUAAGACAGUUUAUAAUAACAACUCCAGCCGAUUUGGGAAGUUCAUCCAGCUUCAUUUCAGUCAGCGCGGGAACAUUCAGGGAGGAAAGAUUGUCGAUUACUUACUGGAGAAGAAUCGUGUUGUGCGUCAGAAUCCAGGAGAAAGGAACUAUCACAUAUUCUAUGCUUUACUGGCAGGAACCAAUGCUGAACAGAAGGAGGCCUUCUCUCUGCUGCCUGCUGAAAGUUUUCAUUACCUGAGUCAGUCUGGUUGUGUGAGAGAUGACACCAUUGAUGAUAAAUGCACCUUUCAGGAGGUUCUGAAUGCCUUGCGGACAAUGCAAUUUGGAGAAGAGAGUAUUCAUGAGGUUUUGAGGCUUUUGGCUGGAAUUCUGCACCUGGGCAACAUUGAGUUCAUCACAGCUGGAGGAGCCCAGGUCUCAUCCAAAGCAGCUCUCAGCAGUGCAGCAGAGCUGUUGGGGUUGGACUGUACUCAACUGGCUGAAGUUCUAACUCACAGAUCCAUGAUUCUCAGAGGAGAAGAAAUCAGCACACCACUUACUGUAGAACAGGCGGUUGAUUCUCGAGACUCCAUGGCAAUGGCUCUCUACUCUCAGUGCUUCACUUGGAUCAUUCGUAAACUCAACAAGCGAAUCCAUGGCAAUGACAACUUCAAGUCUAUUGGCAUUCUGGACAUCUUUGGAUUUGAGAACUUUGAGGUGAACCGGUUUGAGCAGUUCAGCAUUAACUAUGCCAAUGAGAAGCUGCAGGAGUAUUUCAAUAAACACAUCUUCUCUUUGGAGCAGCUGGAGUAUAACAGGGAAGGGCUGGUCUGGGAUGAUGUUAAUUGGAUGGACAAUGGAGAAUGCCUGGAUCUCAUAGAGAAGAAGCUGGGUCUGCUGGCUCUGGUGAAUGAGGAGAGUCAUUUCCCCAAAGCCACUGAUGCUACCUUGCUGGAGAAACUCCACAGCCAACACUCUAAAAAUCCUUUCUACAUAAAGCCUCGAGUUGCUGUGCACUAUUUUGGAGUGAAGCACUAUGCAGGAGAGGUGGUCUAUGAUGUAAGAGGGAUCCUGGAGAAGAACAGAGACACUUUCAGAGAUGACAUUCUCAACAUUCUCAGGGAGAGCAGGUUGGAUUUUGUCUAUGAUCUCUUUGAGAGGAUGAGCGGUAGGUGUGGGCAGGACAUGAUAAAGAGCAGCUCACAGCACCGCAGGCCAACGGUCAGCUCCCAGUUUAAGAAUUCUUUGCACUCCCUGAUGUCCACACUCAGCACAUCUAAUCCUUUCUUUGUGCGCUGCAUCAAACCAAACAACAACAAGAUGCCGGAUCGUUUUGAUCAUUCCUUGGUACUGAACCAGUUAAGAUAUUCCGGAAUGCUGGAAACGGUCAGGAUCCGUCGUGCUGGAUUUCCAGUUCGGAGAACCUUUCAGGACUUCUGCUCCAGAUAUUAUGUGCUGUUGAAGGGUGUGGCCAUGUGUAAUGAUCACAAAGAGGCAUGUCUGCAGUUGCUCCGCCUCUAUGACAGCAGCAAUGCAGAGUGGCAGCUGGGAAAGACAAAAGUGUUCUUGAAGGAGAGUCUAGAGCUGCGAUUGGAAAAGAAGAGAGAGGAGGAGGUGCUCAGGGCUGCAGCCAUUAUACAGGCCCACAUACUGGGCUACAGGGCACGGAGGCAGUACAGGCGACUGUUGCAGUGUGUGGUGGUGAUCCAGAAGAACUGGAGGGCGCUAUUCUGGCGCAGGCGCUUUCAGAUGCUUCGCUGGGCCUCUGUCACACUCCAAAAAAGAAUCAGAGGUCAAAGGGCACGACAACUUUAUUCACAGCUCCUGCAGGAGAAGAAGAAGAGGGAAGAAGAAGAGUGGAGAAGAAGAGAGGAGGAGCUAGAGAGAGAGAGGCAGAGGAUUGAGGUGGAGCGACAGGGCCAAGAGGCUGAGGAGGCACGCAGAGCGGAGGAUCAGCGAAAGAGAGAAGAGGACAUUUUUAGAAAGCAACUCACACCACCCUCAUGUGCUUCACUUAAAAGUGAGCUGCCUGCACCACUGUUUGAAGAGGAGGUGUUUGAGGAAGUGUUUGAAGAGGAUGUGCGACCAAAUGAGACAUCUCAGGUUGAGGAGAUCCUGCGUCUGGAGCGGGAGAUUGAGGGUCUGAGGAGGCAGAAGGAGACGCGGGAGCAGAGCCUGAAUGCUCACUCACUGGCUCGUCUACAGCAUCUGCGGGACCAGGAGCUGCUGCGGCUGGAGGAGGAGGCCUGCAGGGCAGCCCAGCAAUUCCUCUCCUCGCUCAACUUCCACGAGAUAGAUGAGUGUGUGCGUAACAUUGAGAGCUCUCUCGCACUAGAGGCCAUAGGCCGAGGUAGGCAUGGGGGUGAGGAGGAAGAGGAGGUUGAUGAAGGCUUAGGUGCGGACGAGGAAGGCUUUAAAGACUCUCCAAACCCCAGUGAGCAUGGUCACUCAGAUGGACAGAGGACCAGUGGGAUCCGCACCAGCGACGACUCAUCAGAGGAAGAUCCCUACGCUAAUGACCGCAUGGCCCCACCCCCGGUCCCAUCCACAAAUCUGCCCUUAGCCUAUCUUGGCCCACCCUGCAGCAGGGAUGCUGCCUAUUGCAUGUCCCAGCAACAAGAGGAGGAGGACGGGGUGGAGCUUAUUCCACCGAAUGAGGACUCUGAUUAUGAUGCUGAUGAUUAUGAUGAAGGUGGCAUCAACAUGCCUCCCAGCAUGCCCCUCUGUCUGCCCCAGAGUGGCCGCUGGUCACAGGACCACCGCAGCUCCUUGGCGACAAGCACCAGUGCCAGCUCAGGGGCUUACAGGUUCAGCUCAGAGGGAGCCCAGUCAUCAUUUGAUGACAGCGAGGAUGACUUUGAUAGGUUUGAUACAGACGAUGAAUCAUCAUAUCGAAGAGAUUCUGUAUACAGCUGUGUCACUCUGCCUUACUUCCACAGCUUCCUAUAUAUCAAAGGUGGUCUGCUGAACUCAUGGAAGCGGCGUUGGUGUGUGUUGAAGGAUGAGACGUUUCUGUGGUUUCGGAGCAGGCAGGAGGCUCUGAAGCAGGGCUGGCUCCAGAAGAAAGGUGGAGGCUCCUCCACACUGUCUCGCCGUAACUGGAGACGUCGCUGGUUUGUGCUCCGUCAGAGCAAACUCAUCUACUAUGACAAUGAUGCUGAGGAGAGGAUGAAGGGCAUGUUGGACAUGCAUGAAGCCAAAGAGAUCAUUGACAACACGGGGAAAGAGAAUGGAAUAGACAUCAUAAUGCCUGAGAGAACAUACCACCUCAUAGCAGACACUGCAGAGGAUGCAAGCCACUGGUUCAGUGUUCUGAGUCAGGUGCACACCUCUACCGAACAGGAAAUCAGAGAGAUGCACGAUGAACAGGCUAACCCACAGAACGCUGUAGGCACAUUAGAUGUAGGGAUGAUUGACUCUGUGUGUGCCUCAGACAACCCAGAGAGGCCGAACUCUUUUGUGAUUAUAACAGCUCAUCGUUUUCUGCACUGUAAUGCGGAGACUCCUGAAGAGAUGCAUCACUGGAUCGCACUGCUGCAGCGCUCAAAGGGAGACACACGUGUCCAGGGCCAAGAAUUCAUUAUCAGGGGAUGGCUGCAUAAGGAAAUGAAGGGCAGUAGUCGUAGUAACCUGAGACUAAAGAAACGCUGGUUCCUGCUUACUCAUAAUUCCCUGGACUACUACAAGAGUUCAGAGCGGAAUGCACUCAAACUGGGCUCUCUACUGCUGAACAGCCUCUGCUCCGUACUGCCCCCUGAUGAGAGAAUUUACAAAGAGACUGGUUACUGGUGUGUGACAGUGUUUGGACGUAAGCACUCCUACAGGUUGUACAGUAAGCUGCAGAGUGAAGUGUCUCGCUGGGCCAAUGCUGUGCAGAACGUCAUCGAUACCAAACCACCCACAGACACACACACGCAACAACUCAUCCAGGACAUUAUGGAGAACUGGCUAAACUCAGAAGUGGUGGAUCAGAUUUACAAGAGGAAUCCAAUACUGCGUUAUACACACCAUCCUCUACAUACUCCACUACUGCCCCUGCCCUAUGGAGAUGUCCACCACAGCUAUGAAAAGGGCCGGAACUACAGCACUUUGCAAGCAGAGGCUCUGAAGCUCUUUAGCACUCUGCAGCAGUUGGAAGGUGUAGCUGACCCUGUGCCUAUCAUCCAGGGCCUUCUGCAGACAGGUCAUGACCUCCGACCUCUGCGGGAUGAACUCUACUGCCAACUUAUCAAGCAAACUACACGUCCCCCACAGCCAGGUGGCCCCACCCACAUGAGUGGCUGGAGAAUCAUAGCCUGCAUGUGCUGUACCUUUAGUCCCUCAUCCAGGAGCAUCCUCAAGUACCUUAAAUUCCAUCUCAAGAGGAUGCGGGAGUUAUAUCCAGGCACAGAGAUGGAUCGCUAUGCAGCAUUUUCCCAAGAUGCACUCCGUCAUGUGCGUGGACGGGAAUGUGUGCCAUCACGUGCAGAACUUAGAGCCAUUCUCAGCAGACAGGAAAUGACAUCGACUGUAUAUUGCCAUGGAGGCGGGUCCUGCAAAAUUACUAUCAGCUCACACACCACUGCAGGAGAGGUGGUGGAUAAACUGUUGAAGGGCCUGGCCAUGGAAGACAGCAGGAACAUGUUUGCUCUGUUUGAACAUAACAGCAAAACUGACAAAGCCAUUGAGAGCCGCUCCAUAGUGGCUGAUGUCCUCGCCAAGUUUGAAAAGUUGGCAGAGGGAGGAGAGGAGCAAGGUGGAGGUUGGAAGUUUUAUUUUAAGCUCUUCUGUUUCACAGACACAGAGAACAUUCCUGUAGACAGCGUGGAGUUCGCCUUCAUGUUUGAACAGGCUCAUGAAGCAGUUAUUACAGGGCAGUAUCCAGCUCCUGAGGAAACCCUGCAGUUCCUAGCAGCUCUUAGACUUCAAUAUCUGCUUGGGGACUACACUACCCAGAAUGCUUUGCCAGACCUGGAGCAAGUAUUCCCCAUGGCACGUUUGCAGGCUCGCGUCCAGCGCUUUACCCCCAGCAACACCAGUGCCACAGCAACCGGUGAGAAAAAGAGAGGCAGUUUCUUGGAGGGCACACUCAGGCGGAGCUUCAGGGGUUCCCUGGGGCGACAGCGGCAGGGGGAGCUGUCUGCAGCAGUGGAGGCAUGGCUUCAGGAAGAGAAGGCUGGGCUUAAAAGCUGUUUGGUGGAGAAAUGGAAAAAGCUACAGGGAAUGAGUCAGGAUCAUGCCAUGAUCAAAUACAUGAAUCUGGUCAGAGAGUGGCAGGGAUAUGGAUCUACACUCUUCAGUGUGGAGUGUGUUGAUGGUGUGUAUCCUACAGAGUUGUGGCUGGGAGUGAGUCGUAAAGGAGUGUGCGUGUAUAAGCGUGGAGAAGCAUGGCCGCUGGAGAUUUUCUCCUAUGAAGCCAUUCUGUCCUUUGGAGCGCCACAGCCCAACAUUUACAAAAUCAGUGUUGAAGGACGAGACCUGCUUUUCCAGACCUGCCAGGUGAUGGACAUUGCUAAACUGAUGAAAGCCUACAUCAGUAUGAUCGUGCAGAAGCGCUUCAGCACCUGUCAGUCAAUCAGUAGCCACGGCAGCCAGUGCAGCAACUGGUGAACCCUGACCUGUGACAUUUCUACCAAUGCCUGCCUUACACACACUGUUUAAGUUACUUUAAUCUCAAAUGUGUAAAAGAGUGUGAACAGAGGGACACGGGUGGGUUUUAAGGACAUUCAAAGACAUUCCGAGAUCUAAGUGAAAGUAUUUGAGCCCUGUGAGCACUCUGCAGAUGCAGUGUGUUUGGUAAGCAAUCAUGUUGUGAUGAGUAUUGUGUAAAUAUCCAAUGAUGUCAUUCACCUGAAAGUGCCUGAAGCCACAAAAGACACUGUGCAGGACGAGUGUCUUAAAAAAGUCUUAAUUAAACACACAGGGACUCUUCAGUGUCAUGACUUGGCCAUCAGUUGCUGUGUUCUAAUCAGCAGGGUUUGAAUUACAAAUGCAUUUUGUGUAAGUAAUGAAUGUUUCCAGAAGUGCUGUAAUAGCAUUGAAGUUUUAGUCCAGUAGCAUUUCACUGGAGCUCUGCAGGCAGAACCUCCAGCCAGACACAGCACUGUACCUUUCUGUAUAAAGGGGGAAAAAAAAAUACAGAUCACAAAUACUCUGCUUCACCAUAUUCACAAAAACCAGACACACACCUAGACUCAGUAUCUCUAUUGUAUGUGAUAUAAUGUGCAAUGUUAUCUUCUUACCAGAAAGCUGUAUAUUUUUUAUUUUUAAUCCUUUUUUAAGCCCACUAAUGUCAAGUGGCUAACUUUUGUUAUUAUUAUCCCAAAGUACUUUGCCAUGUUGUAUUAUGAUUCCCAGAAGCUUAAGAAAGAAAGAUAGGAAAAAAACAUCAGCAAUUUGAAAAUUUUUAAAUAUCAAUAUGUGUAUUAGCUGGGGUAGGUAAUAAAAUGCCUAUUGGAAAUCAAAA